CCGUGGAGUGUUUGUAUCCUGCCUCGCUGUGUCGCCAUUAAAGCCCGCUAGCUCGGCGCUGGGAGGUCGUUAAAGAGGUAAAAAAAAAUGCUUUAAAAGAGCCGAGAGGAAGAGGGGUGGAGGCUCUCGCCCUCCGCCAUCCAACCCAGUCAAUAUGCGGCUGCUCUCGGCGAAGUGAGGGAAGCCCGAGUCGGUCGUCGGGGCAGGCGAGUGGCCGCGUCAAGUGCACUCUCCGCCGAGCUGAGAGCCCCUGCGAACGGCGGCGAGCCUCCUGGGCGUCGGUGCGACGAUGACCGAGCUGGUGGUGAAGUGGGCCUGUGAAUACUGCACGUUCGAGAACUGGCCGUCGGCCAUCAAGUGCACCAUGUGCCGCGCUCAGAGGCCCAGCGCGGGCGCCAUCAUCACCGAGGAGCCCUUCAAGAUCACCCUGGCUCUGGAUGCCAGCUUGCACCAGUGGGAUCCGGCGGAGCUAAGCAACAGCUCGUCCCAGGAGGGAUCCUCUUUGCUCAUUUGCCCCGAAUCCAGCGCGAGACCACGCGUUCGCGUCGCCGACGCCCCUGUGACUAGCAGCAAGUGGUCUUGUCACAUGUGCACCUACCUGAACUGGCCCCGGGCCAUCCGCUGCACUCAGUGCCUGUGUCAAAGGCAACACGCUGGACAUCAAGGACGUCCGCAGGCCCGCAGCCCCACAGAGGCCCCCCAGACCUCGGGCUCCGGAUGCCGCCCUGCAUCCUCGUGCACCACCACAGACCCGUGUGAGGAGUACAACGACCGCAAUAGGCUCAACACACCCGCACGCCACUGGACCUGCACCGCCUGCACUUACGAGAACUGGUCUAAGGUGCUCAAGUGUGUGGUGUGUGACCACCCGCGGCCCAACAACAGCCUCUUGGCCGAGCCCAUCCAACUGGCGUCCGAGCCCGAGCGGCAGCAGCCGUCCUCAAAGUUCAUCGAAGCGGACCGGAGCAACAGACGGGGCGUCGGGAGCCCGGCGGGGGGUCCGGGAGUCGGGGCGGUGGUGGGUUGCAGCGGCAGCCAAAGGAGGUCGCCUCCUUCCUCCAAGCGCGAGUCGGACGUGACCAUGGACUUUCAAAGGAUCGAGGUGGCGUCGGGGGCCGGAGUUGGAAUUAAAGAGGAGCUGGAGGUGGAUUACAAAAAACUGAAGCAGAUUAAGAACAGGAUGAGGAGAACGGAUUGGCUGUUCCUCAACGCCUGCGUCGUGGAGGGUGGAGAAUGUGUCAGUGGAGGGUGGAGGGUGGAGAAUGUGUCAGUGGAGGGUGGAGAAUGUGUCAGUGGAGGCUUUUAUGACUACGCAGGCAAAGUCAAUGAAGAAAAUCUCAACAGCAUUCUUAGAGAUCGGCGGAAAAAUGUGAUCGGUUGGUACCGUUUCCGACGAAACACGCAGCAGCAGAUGUCCUUCCGCGAACAGAUCCUCCACAAACAGCUGACUCAGCUGCUCGGCGUGCCCGACCUGGUCUUCCUCCUCUUUAGCUUCAUCUCCACGGCGAACAGUUCUACACACGCGCUGGAGUAUGUGCUCUUCCGACCCAAUCGCAGUAGGUACAACCAGAGGAUCACCCUCACCAUCCCAAACCUGGGCAAUACAAGCCAGCAGGAGUACAAGGUGUCGUCCGUGCCCAACACCUCGCUCAACUACGCCAAGGUCAUCAAAGAACACGGGGCUGAGUUCUUUGACAAAGACGGCGUGAUGAAGGAUAUCCGGACAAUAUUUCAAGUCUACAGUGCGCUACAAGACAAAGUACAGGCCGUGUGCGGGGAGGUAGAACAAAGUGAACGCGUGAGGGAGAAAAUUCAAGACGACGUGAACAAACUGAAACAGCAAAUCGAUCUCAGGGAACGUAAGGCGGCGGAAGAAGAGCGAAGACUCCAUGAAGCCCUGAAUCCAGACUCUCGCUCCACUCCAGAGGAAAACACGGAACCUUCGUACUCUUCUCAACUAUCUCGGAUAUCUUUCCACGCGCCCUCUGCACCGGAGCGGCCCAGCAUCUCGCCCAACCCCCCCUCCUACGCGGACCUCAUGUCCCACGACGACUCUCUCCUCCCCUCCUCGUCCCCGCCCACCAGCGCCGCCCUGCUCCCCCGGCCUCAGGCCGUGGGGUCCCCGGGACACCCCACCCCGAGCCCGCUUAGCAUCCUCUCCAGCCUGGGCCUCGGCGCCACCUCGAGUCCGGUCAGCGCUCCCAGCCCCCCGUACCUGGGCAACGGCGACGGCUCGAGCUCGGACUCGUUAGACAGACAAGCGGCGGGUCAGGAGUUUGACGAGGAAGACGAGGACAGCAGCGAGUACGAGAACCUGGUGAGCGAAGCCGCACGUCCGCCCGUGAACCCCGCCGCCCUUUUAGCUCGAAGUCGCUCGUCCGCCCUGGGUCCUGACGGGGACGCUCACGGCUCACAGACCACAUAGAAACACGCCACCAGGUGUGCACGGCACACGGGCGACGGACGCGCCUUCUCAAGCAAUCAAAGAUAGACAAAAAAAAAAAAAAAAGUGCCAGUCCUGAAAGUGAAAGUCAAGUGUCAUUGUUUUGUCUCCAAGGAGAGGAGGGCUCUUUUCUUCUCCAUGCUUCUUUCUGGAAAAACGUCUCGGUACUUCAUCCAGCGCGCCGUGGAAAAGGCAGGUCCUCUCUUUGUGUCACAUUUUCAUCACUUAACUCACGCUUGCGUCACUUUUGCACUAUUUAUUGCCUUCUUUUCAACCACCUCUCAAAGAAAAAAAACAAAGGGAGAGGACCAAUCAGCCUUCCGACUAAUGUUUAAAGUUGUACUUUUUGAGACGGGGGGGAAAUCAUGGAAAAAGGGUUGACGUAACUUUUACAUGCACAACAUGUCGCACUUAACUUGGAAAUGUGCUUAUCUGUCAUUAUUAUGUUAGAAAUCCAGCAUUUACCCUAUUUUUCGGACUAUAAGUCGCAGUUUUUUGCGACUUAUACUCAGGAGCGACUUAUGUGUGAGAUUAUUAACACAUCAAAUAAUAUUAUU